GCCAGGCCUUGGCCAUACCGAUUUCACCAGUCAUCGUCCCUCCGAGCGUCAGCAAGAGAGAUAUCUGUCAUCGGUCUGUACCAACUCGAAGACGCGGAUGUUUGGUGGUCUGCAGGUAGUCCCUCCAUCCAAGAUAAGCGUAAGCUGACAUCACUCGAUAUGCUUCGUUAUCAAAAAGCUCACCGCGCGGCAAAGAAUGAGGAGGCGUUACGCGCUCUGAUCGUACUUCCUCGACAUCUGUCACUUGUGGCAAGCUACUAUUAACAUGGCGAACAGCAUCCUGGUGACCUGCGCACAAGUCUUGUCAGCGCCGGCACUCCUGCUGUUUGCGUUGAACGUGCCCUCGGUCUGUUAUCGAAACUAUGCCACGAGGGUGCUGACAACCCUUCUGACGGCCGGCGCCGCGGGAAACGUCGUUGCGACGGUGAAGAUUACUUACCCGUCGGUGGCAUUCAUGACGCGCCUGCUCGAGAGCUGGACGAUCAUCUGGGCGGCCGUUUUGCUGUUGCGUCACAACCCCGUCUCAAAUGCCCGUCGGCGGCGUUGGUCCAGGGAGCCGAGUCUCGACGGCGAAUACGAAGAGGGAGGGCUUGUCUGGCAGAAGUACCCCCGGCGCAGCUGGGCGGCUCGACUUGCGUGGACGUCGAAUUUACUCAUCAGCUUCCGUGGCGUUGAAUGGCAGUUUGGAAAUUCGGAGAAAGAGAAGGCUCACGGUGCAGUAGACCGAACUCGGCCGAAAGUAAGCAAUGAGCAAGUCAGCAUUGCAUUGUCGAUACUUAAACUAUCGCGAGAUAUUCUGGUGUUUCGGGCUGUCUUGAUGAUCGCAGCCCAACUAGAGGGACAACUCGUCGGGCCUGGUUGGCAACUUCGAGCCCUGCAUACGAUGACCUUGAUUACAACAAGUAUUCCGUUUAUCAACUUCUGCCACUCCGUCUGGACCAUGGUAGGGGCAUUAGGGCAGCUUGCGAACCCUUCCACCGCGUUCGAUAUGCAGCGGUAUAACCCAAGCCCUUGGGGUCCAAUGGGCGCCAUGAUAGAAUAUGGACUUACCGGGUUAUGGGGCGUGACCCGGCACAACUACUUCAAGUUCGGCUUUCAGUCGGCGUCGGAUCUGGCAACCCCGCGCACGAAUAACCCCAGGCUUAAGCCUCUCCUUCGGCUACUGCGCAUGUUUUGAACAUUUCUCCUUUCUGGCAUGAUGCACUACUGCGGAUCGUACAUGCUGCCGGGGCCGACGCGGCCGAGCAAUGAGCUUCUAUUCUUCGUCCUGCAGGGGGUGGCCGUCACCUUGCAAAUCCACGUCUACGAUCAAUUCGUCGGCAAGCUAUACCGUCGCGUCCGGAACCCGCUGCUGGUGUCGGCGUGGCUCUGCUGGACUGGGCCGCUCAUCUUUAAGGAUCAUA